UCGUUAUUAUAUCUUUCCGUCCAUUACAUAAAAGCAACCUACAUUCAUUUACAUAAAUGUGGCGUUAUUGCUCAACUGCUCGUGCUGGUGGUUUUUGUUCACUUGGGCUAUGUUAGGUCAUUUACACUUUAUUCAAGCGGCCGUGGCCUCUAUGAACUGGUUAGCUCACCGCAGACUACAGGAUGUAUAUAAGCAGGUGAAGAUUUCACAAUGGAGCAGCAACGCAAAUCGAUGUCCUCGUCCGAUCUAUCCGUGGCCAUUGACCAGAACGAGCCCCUUACUAUCAUACAACAGUUCUGUCAAUUUGUUUUCCCUACCUUGCUUGGCACACCUUCGCUAGAAACUCUUGUCGAGAUCGCAGAGCAAGACGAAAAGAAGUGGUCUAAACUCAUAGACCGUUUGACCACUCGCACAUCAAACAUCACCAUUGUUGGCUCCCUCGCAUCUUCGGCCACUAUUGGAUUUCUGACUACCACCCCGCCAACUGGUAUCGUAACGUGGAACCACCAAUUCCCAUACUUUUGCAUCGCAACUUCGAGUGGGAGUGCUUUGCUAGCCGUUAUGAGUGGCCUUUGCCUAAUUUUAUACUUGUCCGUCGUACGUCCCGAAUCUGUCAGAGAGUUGCAGAAAAGCAUGUUCAAACGUGUAUCCGUUGCUAUGUUGUUGAUGAUGCCAGUUAUCUUCCUAUUCUUUGCGGCGUUCUGUAUUGUCGUUGCAUGGAUCGCGGCUAUCUGGUUCGGGAACCAAACUUGGCUGAAGGCUGUAGGGACCAUUCUGACUGUUAGCAGUGCAGUGGUCGUUGUGUUUCUGUUUCUGGUUAUUGGUGCGGUCUAUUAGUCCUGCUACUAUCUCUUAACAUGUACCUUGUAUUUUCUUUGGAACAUGUGGACACUUGGCAUUGGAGUCACGUAGAUGCAAAGGAACUUGUUCUGGUUCAAGGUUACUAAUGAUGCCAUUUAUGUAAAUACACUGCUGGUGGAUUUCUCAGAGCCUUCUGGUACUUACUGUGCUUCUGUCAUUUUAUGUAACCUCAGGUGCUGUUCACCCUGCAAAUGCAAAGUCCAG